CAUGUGUCCUCCUAGCCCCCACAUCUGUCUGACAAGUGUCAUCGACCCGUCUCUACAACUCUCCACUCAGCGCGCUCGGACCUCUCCCUCGAUUAUACAAGAGACUCUCAACCAUGAGCGCUUCCACUGCUACGAGCAAAAUGCAGUACGUUCGCCUGGGCAACUCGGGCCUCAAGGUCUCCCGCCUCAUCCUGGGAUGCAUGUCCUAUGGCACGCCGUCUUACCAGUCCUGGAUCCUCGACGAGAAGACGGGUAUUGAGCACAUCAAGCACGCGUACUCGCGCGGCAUCAACACCUUCGACACGGCCAACGUUUAUGCGAACGGCGCGAGUGAGGUCGUUCUGGGCAAGGCGAUCAAGGCGAUCGGCUGCCCGCGGGAGGCCGUGGUAGUGCUCACCAAGUGCUACUUCCCGGUCGGACGGCCCGGCGACAAUGGCAGCGUCGGUGGAUCGGGGGACAAGAACUCGCCCGAGGGUGCGAACGGCUCGGGACUGAGCAGGAAGCACAUCUUUGGAUCGAUCAAGGCAUCGCUGGAGCGGCUGCAGCUCGACUAUGUUGACGUGCUGCAGUGCCACCGCUUCGACUAUGACACACCCAUUGAGGAGACAAUGCAGGCGCUCCACGAUGUUGUGCAGGCCGGUUACGCGCGGUACAUCGGCAUGAGCUCGUGCCACGCAUAUCAGUUUCACCAAAUGCAGAACUACGCCAUCGCCAAUCGUCUUACGCCGUUUAUCUCGAUGCAGAAUUACCACAAUGGCGUGUACCGCGAGGAGGAGCGCGAGAUGGUGCCGACCCUCAAGCUCUUCGGCACUGGGAUGAUCCCUUGGUCGCCCCUCGCACGUGGCUUCCUCACCCGUCCUUGGUCCGCUGAGGAGGGCAUCCGCGCCAAGACAGACUCGGCCUUCAAGGCGCGCAAGCUGCACAUCCACACGGACGCCAUGAAGACGAUCAACGAGCGCGUCGCCGAGCUGGCCAAGAAGAAGGGCGUGAGCAUGGCGCAGAUUGCCCUGGCGUGGCAGCUGAGCUGCGACUUCGUCACCGCCCCGAUCGUUGGGAGCACGCGUCUGGAGGCGCUCGACGAGCUCAUCGAUGCCGUCGACAUGCGCCUCACCCCUGACGAGAAGGCUUACAUCGACGAGCCCUACGUACCGCAGGCGAUUAUCGGACAUACCUAGGCCAAUGUAGAGGCAGCUGAGAAGAGCGGCGGAUGCAAUAGUGUGACGAAGAGCGAGUGACUGCGUUCACCGCUCC